UUGUGUACCACAACGUUAAUUUUUUUUUUACCUAAAAUAGUGUUUUGAUUUUUAAAAAAAUUGCAAUCACCAUUUGUUUACUUUAAAGUUGCUAUAUGAUCUUCAGUAAAGAUUUAUUUCACCAAAAUGAGGACACAUAGGUUGUUGACAUUGUCGGUGCUGGUCUUGAGUGGACUGAUGUUUUUAAAGCACGGAGCGCACUCGACGAACGCGCACAAAAAGACGCCGCUGAGGAACUUGUCAUCACGCUUAUCCUCUGGAUACGACAAAGGCGUGAGGCCGGUUAAAAACUGGCGACAGCCCAUCAUUGUUGCGAUCGAUGUGAUGCUGUACGCGAUACUCAAUGUGGAUGAGAAAAACCAAGUGCUUACAGCGUAUAUCUGGUAUCGACAGCGGUGGACUGAUGAGUUCCUACAAUGGGACCCUGUCCAGUAUGACGGCAUUGAGCAAAUAUCAAUUCCCACGAACAACAUCUGGGUUCCUGAUAUUAUGAUAAGCGAGUUCGUGGAUGUGGGAAAGUCACCUGAUAUCGGAUAUGUCUAUCUAAGUUACAAUGGCACGGUAAUGAAUUACAAGCCACUGCAGGUGGUGUCCGCGUGCAGCCUGGAUAUCUACAGCUUCCCUUUUGAUGUGCAGAACUGCACUCUGACCUUUACCAGCUGGCUUCACACGUCCAAUGACAUUAACUUAACCCUGUGGAGGACCCCUGAGGAAAUUAAAGAAGACAAGUCCAUCUUUUUAAACUUUGGAGAAUGGGAGCUGAUAUCUGUUCCCAAUGAGUUACUCCACCCUCUCUAUGGUGAAAACCGCUUCUCCGAGUUGAAGAUUUACGUGGUCAUACGCAGACGGCCUCUGUUUUAUGUGGUCAACCUGAUCAUGCCGAGUGCUUUCCUGAUGGUGAUGGACAUCGCUGGCUUCUACCUGCCCCCAGACAGUGGAGAGAGGGUCUCCUUUAAGAUUACGCUGCUUCUGGGCUACUCGGUGUUUCUUAUCGUAGUCCAAGACACGCUGCCGGCCACUCCGAUUGGAACACCACUCAUAGCGGUGUAUUUUGUGGUGUGCAUGGCUUUGCUUGUGAUCAGUUUGAUGGAGACCAUCUUCAUUGUGCGACUGGUCCACAAACAGGAUGUUCAGUCACACGUGCCUCCCUGGCUCAAAAAGUGGCUUCUCUCCAGAGGUUCCGUCAUUUUAUGUAGAAAGCAAAUUCCCUACCCUCGCAGUGUCACCUUUCCCAACGAUGGAGCCCAGAAUGUCGCUGAUAAUGAGAACCCAAGUCCCUUUUUCCGCUGUGAGGAGAAGGUCUGCGAGCAUGGAGGCGAGGGUCAAAUUCCGGCCGGCACCAUGCGCCGUGUCCUCAGGGAGAUUUCGGGCCUCAGGAGGCAUCUGGACAAGCAGGAGGAGGAGAAGCAGGUGACUGGGGAGUGGCUGCAAGUAGGGCACGUCUUGGACAGCCUCCUCUUCCGCCUCUACCUGCUUGUGAUCGUGAUGUACACUCUCACCCUCGGAAUUCUCUGGUCCAUCUGGAGUUAUUCCGAAACAUUGUGAAUGGUUUGAGUAACUGAUGAUGUUAGCUACACUUUUGGUCAUGAUAUUACUUUUAAAGCCUCUUUUUUCAACAGCGACAAUAGCAAACACCCGUAAGUUAUUUAGCCUUGGGGGGGAGGGGGGCCCUGAUGGCAGCUGUCUCUGUGCAGAAGAAUGUCAACACAGCACUGGCCUGAAAGUGGGCAUUAGUCUGCCAGUAUGGUGGGAUGUUGUAAGCAAUUUGACGUUUUAAAUAUACAAUAAAUAGAAAUACAUUUCUGGAAAGGAAACUAAUUAGAUUCUAUAGUCUGUAACAUCAGUAAUAUGUCGGUAAUAUUUCAAUUUUGACUAAUUUGCACCUUGGUGCCAGCACAGGAGGCCGACCGUUUUUUUUCUUUCGUAAAUCAUCAGAGGGAUCUUCAACGUCCACUAUGAUGCAGACGGUGGACAUUGUACAGUUUAUGCUGUCACAGGUAUUAACCUGGGGGUCCAGGUUUCUUGAACCACAAACCUCUGCAAUAGGCGGCAAACGCGCUACCGCACAGCCUUGUCACAGUUUACCUUCCAUUGCGAUCUAUCAGGCUAAGCACUGGGCUGGUUUGCAGAGUAUUUAAACAUGAUUAGCGAUUUGUCACAGCGCCAGCUUUCAUUUAGGAGCUGCAAAGUAAGGCUGCGGAGAUUCCAUCACUGCUUGUAAGAGCUGGUUGCCUGAGCUCAUUCAGCAGGCGAACGAGAUUUCAUAGAACACAAAGGUGGGGCUGUGGCACGCAUGACAGAAUAACAAAUAAACACAUUCCUGCGGAGGGAGCUGGUAGGAACGUUGGGUUGCUCGGUCAAUGGCCAGGGUCAAUGGCGGCGUGGUGUAUUCCGCAAAUAUGGCCGACUGUGAGGGCGGGCACAAGAC